GUCUGUAUGAAUUUAUGAUAAUUAUGGCGUCGAAAUCCCGUGCUGCGCAAGAAAAGCUUCAGGUGUUGGAGAAGGAAGCAGCACCAUUCGAGGACCAGCUUGUUGAAGCUGCGAAUUUCGUUGGCACGACUUUGGAUGAGGUUCGCAGACUCUCAGAAGAUGAAUGCAACAAGGAAAAGUCGUCAGCAAAGGCCAUAUAUCACGGUAGAGAGGAAUGGCUGUUGAGAUGGCUAUUGAAGAAACUACAAGCACCGAAAAACGACGUCCCGAAACGAACAUCUUCUUCCUGGUUUCUCUUAUGCUACCUCAUACGGAACAUACCCUUGGUCAACGUGGCCCAGAUACUAGUUGAAAGGAAGUUCACCUCGAUCGUACAAUUGGCACUUGAGGAAACCGACAAGAGAGAUGUCAGUUCACAACCACCUGCUGCAGGCUCUGAAUCCAGUUCGACUGAGCGAGGCUCGCCUGAGAAGAAGUCCAAGAAACGAAAGCGCGGGGGUGCAGUCGUCUCGAAUUCCACUCUUAUAGAGCAAGCAGAUUUGUUAAGCCUGGUUGGAGCUAUUUUCGCAGCAGUCAAUUGUGUGGUCGAGUCUACCUCUGGGAAACUCGAACAAGGUCGAAGCUCAGCAUUCGUGGCGGAGUACAUGAAAACGGUGAUCAGAACAUCAGCCGAGCAAUCUGCUACAAUACUUGGACUAUGGCUGUCACUCUGCUCAAAAGCUCUCUCUGGCGAUGCUCUCGCCAGCAGCAGCAUCCAGGAUUGGCUCUCGCCCUUCAUUGAAAUCUGGGGUUGCCACAUUGCAGAGGAAAAUCAGCACCUUCAGUUCUCGUUGCAUAAUGCCAACCCUCUUUUAUCACUGAUUCGGACAUUGAAAAGUGGUAAAUAUCCAGCUCUCAACUGGCUAUCACGACUCGAGGCGCUAGUAGCACGAAACAUUAUUGUACCAGCCAAAACUGCAUAUUCAGAAGACAAGAAUACUGAGAUGUUAAGUUCCUUGACUCGAAUCUCCGUCCUCCAAGACAGUGCUAAUGCUGCUAUCAUUUUUGAGAUUGCAAUUCGUUCCGUUCAGGUACUUGGAGCAAGGAAGCGGAGACGACCACAAGAUGAUGCUUGGCUUGCAACAGUUUUCAAUACUCUGAAAGCAGGCAUUCCAAGUAGAGCUUCAAGUGCCAAAUCAAUUUCCGCAAUGCUAAGAUCUGCUAUUGACUACAAAGUCAGUAUUGAUCUGGAAGUACUGCGAGAGAUUACUUGGGAGUAUGGCCUGCGGACAGGAUCUGAGGAUUGGGAUCUUGUUGCAACCAUUCUCAAGCUUGAUGGAAAUACUUUCCUAAUACCAAGUGAGAAAGAUCUAUUAAAAGAGCUAUUUGGGAGGAUCACCAAAUCGUCUAGCCAAGCGAGUUGGAUAGAGUUCUCGAACUCUGUCGUCUCGCAUGUGGUGGUCCCACUGAUGAAUGAGUUUGCCAAAGCACGGGAUCUGUCUGGAUUUAUUAGACAUUGGUAUGCUCAGCUUGUGGCAACGUGGAGCUUGCAACAAUCCAGUUCAACAACUACUUUCACCGCUUGGGAAGAUGAAGCACUUCAAACGGAGCUUGGGAAGCUGUUCGAGUCAUCAUUGACGGUACAACAGAUAUCUCAGAUCCUUGAUUGGCUCGAGAAUCAGAUUAAGGAGUAUCGCGACAGCCACGAAGAAGAAGAUGCUACCGGAGGUUGUCUUGACGCUGCAUGUGUCAUCCUUGAAGCCAUAGCAGGAUCAAUUUCUGGAGAUGAAUCCGUUGUCGAUGCGGUCGGACUUCGCUUAUUUCAUAUUCUUUUCGAUAAUGGUGCAUCCAAAAUGCUCUCCGCAAGAUACAAAUGGCGGUCUUGGAGAAUCAUUUCACGAACAUUAACAUGGCUUGAGCAUUCGGACAUAGAUGAACUCUCCAUGUUGUGGGAGAAUGGGGCAGAACCAUUCGAUAUUUUGCUUCAGAUUGACACACGCAUCCGCUCUAUGCUGGGGUCUCCAUUACAUACUUAUGAGAAUCUCGAAAUUCUCUCAUAUGCAUGCACGGCUUGGGAGGCAGCGGAGGCAGAGAAAGCCGGCAGACUCAAGAAGCUUGCUGAACCGUUGCUUGCCGCCUUUCUACAGCAUAUUACAGAAACUUUCACUUCAAAGAUGUCAAACAUGUCUGAUGGAAACCUUGAUUUUGUGAAUGGUACCUACCAGCCUGUGAGAUACAUGGCAACUACAGACGAGGAUUGGACUUUGUGGUCAUUUGCUCGGUGUUUGUUUGUAGAACAUCCAAAAGUUCUCGAGUUUGGCUUGAGUAUCUGUGGCAAUGUUUUCCACGAUCUGCUGCAACAGAUCUUCUGGAUAGCGUCUGCUGGGUACAAUACAACCACGGAUGCCGAGUCCAUCGCCAUGACUUUUCCCGGAUUAUGGGCAGCUGUGCUGGGACGAGACUCACCUGUCUUUGGUAACAAGAAGCUCACUAAGAGGAUCGUCGAUACUCUGUUAAACUCAACCACGAAUUCUGACAAUCCUUUGAUCAAUACGAGCACUAGUAACCAUUUUACUACUCACUGCCUACAUAUGCUGAGACUCGAUGAUAUUUCUAAGUCUCAAAAAGAACAGAUCAUGAAUAGUUGGCCUACGCCAGAGUCAACGGCCCUUGAUCUUCCUGUCCUCGCUUUGAAGGUCAAAAUAAUGCGUCAUCCUGCCAUUUAUGAUGACAUGAAGUUCAAAGAUCUUAUCGAGCUUGCAGGGACCUUGGCGGUGGCAGAUAUUGCUGGGUGUCAAAGUCAUCUGGCUUUGUUGAAAGAGCUUACUCGGCUAAUAUUUUUUGCUGCUCUCGCAAAUAUGGAUCAGAAACGUAAUACCACUUACAUAACAGAAGCAUUCAAGGCAAUCCAGAAAAAGGUCAGCAAAGCUAGUAAGAAGAAGCAACUCAAUUACGCUUUGAUCAGCAUCAUCGGAGUCGCAUUAGUGGCAUUUCGCGAGAAGGAGAUGGCGCUCAAUGAUCACGAUAUCAUCCUCCGAGAUGAUCUUGAAAGCAUUACCGCAACUUUCAGGGAAGCCCUUUUGAUCCAAUUAAAGCAGCAUCUAGAGACAGAGGUUCAUCAAAUAUCGACGGAAAUAGCUAUGGUCAGUCUAAUUGAUGCUCUUGCAGCCCUUGGUGUUGACGCUUCAAAGUUGGCAUCAUUGGAAGACAUGGGUGACCAAUUCGAAGGUUUCGAGGACAACGAGUUGAACACUCGAUCUCGUCUGCAAGCUUUUAUAGCAAUUUAUGGUCGCGAAGAUAUCGAGCACAUCGAUCUUCGAGGCGAUGCCACUACAAUCGUGGGAAGAGAAUCAAUCGUCAAGCGUACACAGGGUGCGACAAAGGGAAGGAACAACGCACAGAAGCUGGAACUUCUCCAAGCAGUUAUGGCCGGUGAUGCUACACUGCUCGAUGAACUUCUUUCAACUCGGCAAAUCAUCUCAUCGAUCGAAGACGUGCGAGGUCACAAAGAGGACAGCGAAAGCUUCACACUAUCUGAUGCAUAUACCAUCCUUGCAGAGCAGUUAACAAAAGUGACCGAAAUUCGGCAAUUCUGCCUGAUUAGUGAGACUUUAGAGCUGAUGCUGAAAAGCAAGGGGCAUUCGAUGUCGCAGUAUAACAUUGAUUGCACAGUUGGAUGCAUCACUACCUUUUGCUCUUCGCAAGCACCAGCUCUUCAGCCAAUUCACGCAAGCACAAUUUAUACCCAUCUCUGCCGCCUCCUACAAACCAUCCUGAUGCACCAUCGUCUCAAGCUCCAAGGCCACACUCACCUUGCACAACAAGCAAUGCAAGCUCUCCUCCGCUGCCUCUUCGUACCCACAACACCAGCUGGUACCUCUUCAGUUACCAACACCAAACCUAAGUUUGCCUCGAGGCCCUCUUGGCUCCAGCCACUCACUACAACCCAUGCGCAGCACUUCACCAAGCUCCUCCUCCUAAUCGCAGACCCACCUCUUUCCACCCUCUCUCAGGGGCGCACUAACCCUCUCAUCUCACUCAAAGAUAAAGCGAAGCGCAUGUCUGCUCAAUGGACAAAAUACAUCAUGCAAGAAUAUAUUUGGAUGCAGCUGGAUAUGAAUAUGAGGAUGGAAAGCGGUAUUAGAGAAGCGCUGAUGCAAGGUUGGUAUGCAGUAUUAGAGACAAUGAAUGAAAGUGGUAGAGACGCGAUGAGAGGGGAGAUGGAUAGUGGUGGACGAGCGGUAUUUAGGGGAUUGUUUGACGAUUGGAGAAGAGUUGGAGGGAGGAGGGAGGGGUAGGACGUGUGGUAGCUAUUGAAGGAGACGAGACUUCAGCACCAUACAAUGAAAUGCAAC